UUCAAAGCUGGGAAAGUGCCCGGAUCGGAGUAUGAGCUUCGUCACGGUUCCACGAAGACUCGUGUAGAUCGAGACCCUCGCACCGGACGCAUCAGGGUACAACAGCAAAAUGUAGGAAGGGAUGUUUCAACAAUACUGAUGUUAGUUCUGACUGUGUUUUUCGUUCUUUUGGCUGUCGCCUAUGUUGGUACUGCGCGGCAGGAGGCAAUCAAAGGUGUUGCUCAUGCUGUCUCUGGUACAUGUUUUCGACAUUUUGAGGUGCAAUAUUCUGAAGAAGUGAUAUAG